GCCAGCCGUGAGCCGGCAGUGGGCAGACUGGCUCUCGGGGCCUCCUGGGACGACUUGCCUCCGGCCCGGGUGCCCAGGAAGCCGGGGACUCGCUUUUCUUGGGUCUUGAUACGAAGCGACCCCGCCGGACAGACGGGGCAGCUCUCGCGCUCGGGUGAAUUAGCAAAGUUGGGAAGCGGUGGGAGCGGGUAGAGGGGCGUGGACAGGGGGGAGGGCAAGGGCCCGGGAGGCUUUGGUCUCGGGAGGAGAUCCCGGCCGAAGGAGGGGAUCUUCGGUACAAGUCCUCACAUGCCCAACCCCCCGAUCCGCGUAGGUGCGGUGGGUGGGCGUGUGCGCGCGGGGCGCGCGGGGCGCGCGGGGCUCCUUUUCUGACACUGCUCUGUGAGGUCGUGGUUAAACCUAAGGCUUUGGAAGACACCGUUUCUUUCUUUAAAAAGUCAUCUUGACGCUGAAUGCGUCUCUGGAGGCUUGUUUACCUUCUGAUUACAACACAGAAAAAGAAACUUGUUUCUCUUCCGGGAAUUUUUCUCCUUAAGACCAUACUUACCUCUAUUGCUGGAAUAUCGUCCAAAAGUGUUAAUGCCCAAGUAACUGAAAUCAAUGCUGAAAAGUUGGAAUUGAGGACCCGUGAUGCUCAGGACUUAGAAGGCCUACAUUCCAGGACCCAAUUCUGCCGUCAGACCUGUCCUGCUGGUGAACGGAAAGCUACUGAGUGCACAAAGGAUGGGCCUGAACCAGAGUGUGUGCCAUGCCAAGAAGGGAAGGAGUACACGGAGGAGAAACAUUAUUCUUCUAAGUGCAGAAGAUGUAGACUCUGUGAUGAAGGACACGGCUUAGAAGUGGAAAUGAACUGCAGUCGGACCCAGAAUACCAAGUGCAGAUGUAAAUCAAACUUUUUCUGUAAUUCUUCUAUUUGUGAACACUGUGACCCUUGCACCAAGUGUGAGCAUGGAAUUAUUGAGGAUUGCACUCGAACCAGCAACACCAAAUGCAAAAAGGAAGGCUCCGGAUCUGACUCGUGGUGGUGGUUAGGCAUCCUGAUCCCGGUUCUAGUUGUUCUACUUGUUCCACUUGUUUGUGGACUGAUGAAAUAUAGAAAGAAUAGGAAAAAAGAAAAUGGCCACCCUGAAUCUACAACAGCAGAGGACGAAGUGCCAAUGAAUUUACCUGAUGUUGACUUGAAUAAUUAUAUCCCUACUAUUGCUGAACAAAUGACAAUAAAUCAAGUUAAAGAAUUUGUUCGGAAGAACGGUGUCAAUGAAGCCAAAAUAGACGAGAUCAAGAAUGACUAUCUCCAUGAUACAGCUGAACAAAAAGUACAACUGCUUCGUAAUUGGUAUCAACUUCACGGGAAGAAAAAUACCUAUGCUGUGUUUAUUAAAAGUCUCAGAAAAGCCAAUCUUUGUGCUGUUGCAGACAGAAUUCAGCGUAUAGUCUGGAUGGACCAUAACUAGAAAAAUGAAAAUGAAAGCUCAGUCUAGACUGAAGAACAACUAACUCAGUUCUGAGUAUGUGUAAUUAGAAUUUGAAAAAAUUCUGAAUGGGGGAAGGCUGUAAAUAUUGCUUGGCUUUUCAUUGAAUGUGUUUUCUUUUUUCAUGUGUUAGAUUUUCAGACCUAGUAUAUUUAUAGAUUUCAAUAUCUCAUGAUUCUGCUUUUGAGAAUGUUUAAAAACUAGUUGAUUCAAUAGACAUAGUCAAAAGUAAAUGCAAUGGCCUGUUAAGUCCCCAAUAGGAAUGUAUGCAAAGAACAAAAGAUUAGGAUCACCCUCUAAUAUGUAACAGCUGAUUCUAUCGAAAUGAAUGUAAUUAGUAUGUGUUCAUACAAAUGUCUAUCCAGAGGCUGACCCCACUCCAUCAAUCAAUAGAAGCCAUGUCCUUUUGUUGAAACGUCACAGUCACUAGACAGGCUAUUUUUCCUCCAAGUUACCUCCACAUGUCUAGAGCUUUGACCACAUUUUGAAACUUUGUUUACAACUCGAAUGGUGCUUAUUCAGGUAAAGCAUAUACAUUUUUAAUGCAGAAUUUAAUAAGGUUCUACCUCAAAGGUCUAUGCACAGAUUACUGGUAUUUUAUUGUGCACUAUUUCAAUUUACGUAGAAAACAGACAAUGAGUUAUGAUGCUUGAAUAUUUUAUAUUUGUCAUUUUACUGAAUCAAAAUAAUCUACUUCUUUCCCAGAUACCAAAAGCAUUUCAAGUAGGAGAGUUAUUACUAGAGCCCUGCCACCUCUGUGCUCAUUUUCUCCUUGAUGUUCCUUUAGAUAGCCUCAUAUACCCCCAGACCUGAAAGCAUCACCAAAGAGAUAGUGUUCUGCUAAAAGUCAAGACUUCCCUUAGAAAUUCUAGCCUGGUUUGGAGACAUUAACUGCCUUUAUAGAAGGUAGCUCUGUGGCAUGUCAUGAACUCAUCUUAACCAUCAAAGAUGAUAAGGUGGAUUUCCCCUGCACAAAAUAUCCCAUAACGCCCAUGUGUUCUUUUUUGCUACAAAUGUCAGUGUGUACAUAGCAAAGGUAAAAUUACCUGUAGGUUUUAGGAAUUGCUCUUGUUAUUUCUUGCAGGUUCUUAGAUAUACACACCCAUUCCUUAAUGCUAAAUACUGCUAUUUUGUUACUCCUACAUUUAAACAUUUCUGAAAUGUCGUAUUAUAUGUGAAUUUUAAUAAAUACUAUUUAUAUUUAUAUAAGUAUAUACUGAGGAUUGUUAUAAAUUGAAGUAGAUACUUAGAACCACUGAAGUGUUUCCAUUAAUAGAAUAAUUUUUUCACCUUAUAUUUGGAAAUAGAAAAUAUAGAUAAAAACAUUUAAUUAAAACAAUGUUUUUUGCAUUUCUGGUUUGCCGGGAGCCAAAACAUCUCACAAGAAUGCCCCUUGCUAUCUUGAUUUUACAGGCAAACUGUUCUCAGGAAUUCAACCGUAAACAGCAAUGGUACUUUCCCCUUGCGUAUCUCUUCAAAAAUGCACCCCCCGCCUUAGGGUCCUUCUCCUAGUAAUUUUCCAGAAACUAGCCCCCUCCCCGCCCUGUUAGGAAUAGCCCUUAGUUACUUCCUUGUUUGUGUGCUUAUAAGUCCAGCUGAAAAAUAAACUCUUUGGAGCUUGAUCAGACUCUUGACUUGCUCUCAUUCUUUUGUGUCUCUUGUCCCCUCAUUCGACUGACCCCUUUGUUUCCCAGGUCCCUGUUGAAUUCCCCGCGGGCCGGGGCAAUUGGCACCCAAACAUGGGGCAAGGGUACGGGGGUGUCAUCGAACGUUGCUGCCAGUAAGGGUACCCUUAUCAUUGGAUUGCCGCAACACGAAGGUUGUGAGUGAAAAUCCGCACUAUGAUCGCCGCGCCACAAGAAGGACGUGAGUGAAGAUCCGCACCGAGAUCGCCGCAGAAUUGCCCACCUGCGAGUUUGAUCCAUCAAGGUAAGAGAAAGCAACGAGUUUAUGGGACAAACGUUAAGUAAACAUGACUUGUUUAUUCAGGGACUCAAGGAGUCCCUCAAGACACGAGGAAUUCGGGUAAAGAAAAAAGAUCUCUAUAAUUUUUUUGUUUUUAUUGGUGAUAUCUGUCCUUGGUUCCCCCAAGAAGGCACUAUUGAUGUUCUGAGAUGGACUAGAGUCGGUGAUUGUCUAAAAGAUUAUUAUAGAACAUUCGGCCCCGAAAAAAUCCCCGUUCAGGCAUUUUCCUACUGGAACUUGAUCUAUGAUAUUUUAAAAACUUACAACCAAUGGCCUGAUAUCCAAGAAGUUGUUAAAGAAGGAGAAAAGGCGCUUAAAGAACACUCCAGACCACCCUCAGCCUGCCCUUCUGUUUCUGUUCCUAUGCCUGAGUCUGACACUCCCCCCAAUCCUGAACCUCUCAAACCUCCUAUUAAUU